ACGGAGGGGUCUACAUGUGCCGAUCUCGCUCCAGAUCGGAGCCGCCCAACUGGUCGGAUCCCAGCGACAUUGUGCGGAUCAUUGUAGUAGAGCCCAGCUACCCCAAACCCUCCAUCUCCCUGCGCCCUAGCACAGGGGUCGCUCUGGGGGGAGCCGUAACUGUCCGGUGUUGGGGUCGGCACCACAUGAGAUUCCUUCUGUACAAAGAUGGAAACCCAAACAUGCUGCAGGACGUGGAGCCGGCUGGGGACCUGGCUGAGUUUCCCAUUCGCAAUGUGAGCCGGAGAGACGCGGGGAGCUACCGCUGCUAUUAUCACGACAAAUGGUACCUGUUCAUCUGGUCACAUCCCAGCGACCCCGUGGAGCUGGUGGUAGCAGAGCCCAAACCCAACAUCUCCCUGCGCCCCAGUGGUCUGGUCACCCCGGGGGGAGCCGUGACCAUCCGGUGUGAGUGUCGGUGUCGGGGAGCGAGGGUCCUUCUGAGUAAAGCUGGAGACCCGGACGCACGGCGCUCGAUGGACCCCACGGGGGACGUGGCUGAGUUUCCCAUCCGCAGCGUGAGCCAGGGAGACGCAGGGAACUACAGCUGCCGAUAUAGCACCAAGUGGGACCCGCCCGUCUGGUCGGAGCCCAGCGACCCCGUGGAGCUGGUAGUAGCAGGGGGAACCGACCCGACUCAGCCGGGAACGACACCAGCUCCCACCGGCCCAAACAGCGCAGGGCCAGGUACAGGGACUGAGGGCAGGAAAUCACCAUCAACCCCCCCAGAAACAGGUGGAUCGGAACCAAGCGCAGCACCGGGUCUGACCUGCACUGUCAUCGCCGGGGUGAGCGCGGCAGCCGACGGCCUCCUCCUCCUCCUCCUCCUCGUGGCCUUCCUCCGCUACAGACGAACCGGAGGAAAUGCCCUCCUAGGUAAACGGAAGCAGCUGGAUGUCCUGCCCCUGGAGCCCGACCCCGAGGGACUCACCUACACGGAACUGGAUGGCCAGGUGCUGCAGGCCAAGCGGGGUGGGGCGUCUCCUGCCCCCGAGCCCGUCCUGUACGCUGCCAUCGAUGUCAGCCAGGAGCCCCACGGGCAGCGCCCCUGGAGUGCAGGGGAGCCCCCCACCCACCGGCAUAGCGUGAACCCAGGGGGAGUCACUGGAGAGACGGGGCAAGAAGCAUCGGCCACCAGGGGGUGACAGAGUGAUUCUCCCCCAGAGAACGGGCUCGGCUUAUAGCCCCCCCACAGCCCUCUCUCCAGCUGGUGGUGCCCC